CAUCCUUUUUCUCUUUAUUUCUCUUAAAACCCUAAUAAUCUCCUCAUUUCCCCCAAAUUCCCCAAAUUCCAUUCAUCGAUAGACGAACAGACGACGAACAACGUAAAACCCGAAAGGAAUUCCGAUAUCUUCACCGGAAUUUCCUUUCUUUCUCUGAUAAAUUCUUCAAUUUCUAUGGCAUUUCCGUCCACCGCCUUAAUUAGGUUCGAUAACAACGAGGCAGGCAAAGAGGAAGGGAAAGAAUUAGAGACAGAAAACGAGCCUGUGGAAUUAUUGAAUUUGGGCGAUCACGAGCCGCUGCAGGGUAGAAAGGGCUCGGAAAUUGAAAUCGCCGGGGCCGAGGAAGAAGAGGAUGGGGGGAAUACUCCGCUGCGGUAUGUUCCAUUGUGCGAUGUGUACUCUGCCACUUCUCCGUGCGUAAGUUCAGCUAGUGGGGGGUCAAAGAAAGUGAAACCCCCGCGGAAAUCAAUGAGUCAUUUCAACGGACAUGAUCCUGCGGCUAAACCACCUCAUCAGAUUUUGUCGUCGAUGGAAGGAGUGAGGGGUGGUGAUGGUAGUGAUAACAGUAGGGUUAAUGUGGCUGGUGAUGGAAAGGGGAAGCCGCCAAUAACUAAGGUUUAUACGCGACGAAAUAAGGGCAAGCGAAAGGAAAGAGAAGACGGGUGGCAGAAUUCGCGAUCAAGGGGUGUAAAUUUGGGAAAUUCGAAGGAAAAGGGAGAAGAAAAUGAGGGGAUUGAUGUGGAGAAUGGUGAAUUGAUUCCAAAGAAGGGGAAAAGGAGGAAAGUUGGUGGGUAUGAGCUGGCAAAUUUGGGGUUGGAUUCGAUUGCAUUAAGUACUUUAGAUAGGUUGCAACUUAGAGAAUCUAGACAUGGUAAUGAUGUUAAUAGUGGUAAUAGGAGUAGGAAUCCUAGUGUUCAGGUUAGUCCUAAUAAAAUUAGGAAGCGGAAGCCUAAGGGUGAGAUGGGGGACGAGAUUAGGGAUUUUGGAGCUCUUCGAACAAAGAGAUGGGUUUGGUUGAGUUUUGAUGGAACAGACCCAUAUAAAUUUGUUGGUUUAUUAUGCAAGGUGUUUUGGCCCUUGGAUGCUGAUUGGUACAAGGGUCGUGUUGUUGCAUAUGACUUGGAGAUGGGGCGGCACAGUGUUGAGUAUGAGGACGGUGAUGAAGAGAAAUUGAUUUUAUCAAAUGAAAGAAUCAAAUUUCACAUUUCUCCUGAGGAGAUGCAACGUCUAAAGUUGAGGGCCAGUGAUAAGUGCCCAGAGGGUGAUGCAAUUGAUGUCAAUGAGAUGGUGGUGUUGGCUGCUAGUUUGGAUGACUGUGAAGAGCUGGAGCCAGCAGAUAUAAUUUGGGCCAAGCUUACUGGUCAUGCCAUGUGGCCUGCGUUAGUUUUGGACGGCUCUCUUUUUGGUGAGCAUAAGGGCCUGAACAGAAAUUCAGGAGAAAAAUCAGUACUUGUUCAGUUUUUCGGCACUCAUGAUUUUGCAAGGGUUAAGAGAAAACAAGUUAUGUCAUUUCUUAGAGGGCUUCUUUCUUCUUUCCACCUAAAGUGCAAGAAACCAAAUUUUGUACGGAGCUUGGAGGAAGCUAAAAUGUAUCUUAGUGCACAAAAGCUUCCAAAGAGAAUGGUACGGCUGAGGAAUGGCUUUGAGGCUAAUGCUUACAAUGUUGAAAGUGGGGAGGAUGAAGGCAGUGAUGAUUCAGGUAAGGAGGGCAUGGCGGAUGAAGACAUACAGAGAAGAAUUGAAGCAGUCAAAAGCUUUCCGUUUGAAGUUGGGGACCUGCAAAUAAUAACUCUUGGAAAGGUUGUCAGAGACUCGGAAAAUUUUCAGGAUGAGAGAUACAUCUGGCCGGAAGGAUAUACUGCUUUGAGGAGGUUUCCUUCUAUAACAGAGCCAAAUGUUCAUACAACAUAUAAGAUGGAAGUACUCAGAGAUGAUGGAUUAAGGAAUCGACCACUUUUCAGAGUUACAUCGGAGAAUGGAGAGCAGUUUAGUGGAACCACUCCAUCUGCCUGUUGGAACAAAAUUUACAGAAGAAUGAGGAAAAUUCAGUCAGAAGGUUUACAACCAAGUGUAUCUGAGAAGUUUUGCGAAUCUGGUGCAGACAUGUUUGGUUUUUCCCAUCCUGAAAUUUCAAAACUGAUACAGGAGCUAUCAACUUCGUCUUCCAGGAUGCCCUCAAAAGCCUCCAAGAUCGCACGUGCAAGAUAUCAAGACUUUCCUGUUGGUUACAGACCUGUUGAUGUGAAGUGGAAGGACCUUGAUAAGUGCAAUGUCUGCCAUAUGGAUGAGGAAUAUGAGAACAAUCUGUUCUUGCAGUGUGACAAAUGCCGAAUUAUGGUUCAUGCUAGGUGCUACGGAGAAUUAGAGCCUCUGGAUGGUGUUCUUUGGUUAUGCAACUUGUGUCGUCCAGGGGCUCCUGAACAACCUCCUCCUUGCUGUCUAUGUCCUGUUACAGGAGGUGCCAUGAAGCCUACAACAGAUGGCCGGUGGGCUCAUCUGGCUUGUGCCAUCUGGAUACCAGAAACUUGCUUAUCUGACAUCACAAAAAUGGAACCCAUUGAUGGGCUGAGUAGAAUCAACAAGGACCGCUGGAAACUUUUAUGUAGCAUAUGUGGUGUUUCUUAUGGAGCUUGUAUACAGUGCUCAAAUCAUAAUUGCCGUGUAGCAUAUCAUCCUCUUUGUGCACGUGCUGCAGGAUUUUGCCUAGAGCUUGAGGAUGAGGACAGACUAAAUUUGGCUCCUCCAGAUGAAGAGGAGGACGAUCAAUGUAUACGUCUGUUAUCCUUCUGCAAGAGGCAUAGCCCCCUAUCUAGUGAGCGCUUAGCUACAGAAGAUCGAACUGCACAAAAACCCUUUAAGUUCUCGGAUUACACUCCCCCAUUGAAUCCUUCUGGUUGUGCUCGUACAGAGCCUUAUAAUUAUUUUGGAAGAAGAGGACGGAAAGAACCUGAAGCUCUUGCUGCUGCAUCCUUGAAACGCUUAUAUGUGGAGAACAGGCCACAUUUAGUUGGUGGAUUCAGCCAACAUACAUUCUUUGGGAAUGAUGUUUCCUCCAGUUCAGCUGCUGGUUCUCGAUUUUCACUUGACCUGUUAAACUUGAAAUCAUCUCAGCUUGAUGCAUCUGGGAGCAUCCUCUCAAUGGCUGAAAAGUACACAUACAUGAGGGAAACCUUUCGAAAGCGGCUUGUGUUUGGAAAAUCUAGAAUACAUGGGUUUGGCAUCUUUGCAAAACAACCCUAUAGAGCUGGGGACAUGGUGAUUGAAUAUAUUGGUGAACUUGUUAGACCUUCGAUAGCUGAUCGAAGAGAACAUCUAAUCUACAAUUCAUUGGUGGGUGCUGGAACCUACAUGUUUAGAAUUGACGAUGAACGUGUUAUUGAUGCCACAAGAGCAGGGAGCAUUGCACAUUUGAUUAAUCAUUCAUGUGAACCGAAUUGCUAUUCAAGAGUGAUAAGCGUAAAUGGUGAUGAGCACAUAAUCAUCUUCGCCAAAAGAGAUAUUAAACAAUGGGAAGAAUUGACUUAUGAUUACAGAUUCUUUGCUAAAGAUGAACAACUUGCUUGUUAUUGUGGCUUCCCAAGAUGCCGUGGUGUAGUAAAUGAUACUGAAGCCGAGGAACGAGCAUCGAAACUGUAUGCGCCUCGUGGUGAAUUAGUUGACUGGAAAGGAGAAUGAGAGAGCAGUUUUAUCCAUGAUGUUAUGCCGUGUGGGACCCCCCUGAAGACCUUUAUUCUCUCUGGUGGAAGUUCACCUUUCUGCCUAUCUUUUUUUUCAGGCAGAUACCAUUGUAUUUUUUCAAUUUCUGUAAUCUCUCUAGAUUCUUUUUAAGAUAGGGCUCAAAGAAUUUUUAUUGAGAUCAUCCCUCUGAAUGUUUUGCACCUUGUGUCCUCAUUGCACAGGGUCUUCAGGGAUGUUGUACACUAAUAUACCUGUAAUUAUUGUCUUGUAUAGAAAUAUUCACCUUUCCCUUAUGUCUUUGUUCGUUGUUAUAGCAGCCAUAGUGCUUACUUUUGUCAGAUAAGCUUUAGUAAGCCUCUAACGUGCCUUAAA